UCCAUCGCCUGUUUCUCGUCUCCUUCGCCAUAACCGCAGCUCCGAGAGAGAGUGAGAGAGAGGGGAGAGAGAGAGAUGGUGUCGCUGAAGCUUCAGAAGCGGCUUGCUGCUAGCGUGCUCAAGUGCGGGAGGGGAAAGGUCUGGCUCGACCCCAAUGAAGUCAAUGAAAUCUCCAUGGCGAACUCCCGCCAAAACAUCAGGAAGCUUGUCAAGGAUGGUUUUGUCAUCAGGAAGCCAACUAAGAUCCACUCCCGAUCUCGUGCUCGCCGCAUGAAGGAGGCCAAGAGGAAGGGACGCCAUUCUGGAUAUGGUAAGAGGAAGGGUACUAGGGAGGCAAGGCUGCCCACAAAGAUCCUGUGGAUGCGGAGGAUGCGUGUCCUGAGGCGCCUGCUCCGUAAGUACAGGGAGUCAAAGAAGAUUGACAAGCACAUGUAUCACGACAUGUAUAUGAAGGUGAAGGGUAAUGUCUUCAAGAACAAGCGUGUCUUGAUGGAGAGUAUCCACAAGUCUAAGGCCGAGAAAGCAAGAGAGAAGACGUUGUCCGACCAGUUCGAGGCCAAGAGGGCCAAGAACAAGGCCAGCCGAGAGAGAAAGUUUGCCAGAAGGGAGGAACGUUUGGCCCAGGGGCCUGUGGAGAAGGUAGCUGCUCCACCUGCUGCUACACCUGCUGCGGAGGCACCAAAGAAGGCGAAGAAAUGAGGUUCGUGCUGAAGAGAAAUGCUAGAUACAUGAAAUUAGGGAGUCGGGCUGCCUUUAGUUCCUUUGGUAAAGUAAUUUUGUUAAGUGACUCUGUUUUUGUUGUCAGUGGAAGUUAUUGCUCUAUAUGGCGAAGGAAUAUGUGGGACCUCUGUUUAAAUUCUAUCUCGUUUGGUUCAUCAGAGUUUUGCUUUACUGCGAUUUCAGUUCCCUCGGCUAUUGCGUGUUUUCUAUGCAAAGAUCGGUAUUUUCACUC